AGGUUGAUGCUAAAAUUAGCACGUCAAAGCAAUCAGUCAGUGUUCGACGUUGAAAGCGAAAGACGGCUUGACUUGCCACUUGACAGUUGAAUAGAAGCGAAAGCUAAGGAACUACGCAAAGGUCUUCCUACUGAAAAUGUCAGCUGCAGCAGCAGAGUGUGUGCAACAAGUGGCACUUGUGACCGGCGCAUCUGUGGGCAUUGGCGCACAAGUUGCUGUGCUCUUAGCUAACAAAGGCAUAACCGUUGUGGGAUUGGCACGACGCUCCGAAUUGAUCGAGGAUUUGAAUAAACAAGUGACAGGACGCGGCAAAAUUCAUGGCCGCCACUGUGAUCUGAGCAAUGAGGAAUGCAUCACUGCCGCUUUCAAAUAUGUACAAGAGAAUUUCCCACCAAUUACAAUACUGGUAUGCAAUGCAGGCAUGUUGAAGGCGAAUUUUAUAUCAGAAUCCAGUGGCAAGGAUAUGAGAGAAUUGUUCGAGCUGAAUGUGGUUGCUACUUCCAUUUGCCUGCGUGAAGGAUUGAAGCAAAUGCGUGCGAGUAAAGUGAAGGGCCACAUCAUAAUUAUGAACAGCAUCCUCGGCCAUCGCAUACCGGAAGUGCCAGUGCCGUUAUUUAGCGUUUAUCCUGCGACGAAGCAUGCUUUAACGGCACUAUGUCAAACCGUCCGUCAGGAGAUACAUUUUCUCAAGUUAAAUAUUAAAUUAACGAGCAUAAGUCCAGGCAUGGUAGAUACUGAUAUGUUGAACGUUUAUUCUCGAGCUAUUGCCGAUAUGCCAAAACUGCAGGCCAAUGAUGUAGCUCAAGCGGUUAUAUAUGCAUUGGAGACGCCAGAUUAUGUGCAGGUUGAAGAAAUCGUUCUACAGGCUAUGGCCCGUUUUAAUGUAUAAUGUUUGUAGACAUGGCAUAUCAAGAUUCAUAUUCAUACAUAUAUAUGCAAUUAUAGAAUUUUAUACGAUUACUUAAACAAUUUAUUAUUUCAAUAUUAUUAAUAAAAACCAAAAUAUUACAAAAUU